AUGCCGCCGAAGAAUACAGCGGCGGUGCCGUCGAAGAAAACCAUUGAAGAGUCAUUCCAUGGCGCAUCUACUCGACGCGCCUACACAACGUACCAAAAGCAGUUCGAAGCUUACCUAAGCAUGCACAAGGGCGGCAUGAGUGCCGGCGCGGCAGGUAUCGAGAAGUUUCCCGAUUUCUUUCACUUCUUGUACUCCCAAGGGAAAAUAGCUCGAACCAUAGACCUGGCGAAGUCAGCGCUUGUGGCUUUCUUCACUGCACUUGGCGUGAAUCCCAGCCCAGCGCAGGACUCAACCACGCGUCGGUAUAUCGUUGGCCUACAGAAGUACAACAAACAGAACAACGUCGAUGAGGAAAAGAAGGCCCACACUUUAUCAUUGUACGAAUUAUCAACGCUCAUGAACGGACUUGCCGGCCUGCACCCAUUUGUUGGCGCAAUGUACCGUCUUCUGCUGGCCGUUGGCUACCUUGGCUGCUUCCGAAUGGGCGAAGUCCUUGCCCUGCGCUGGAAUGACGUUCAGCUUGUCACGGACAAAAAGGCCGAUACCUUGCCGUAA